GCCCCUCCAGUCUAUCUGUUCCGUGGGCGCAGUGUGAAUCCGCUUGGUUCUUCACCCCUUCCAGGCCGGUUGCACGCAAGGCCUCUUGGCUCCAGACUCCAGCAGGCCUCACAGGUUUAUGGAUCUGGACUAAAAGUUGGACUCUUUGGGUGUUCUUUCACGUUUGUUAUUGACCCGGUCGUGCAAGGCUGAACGGCCUUGAGCACCGCCACCACCAUGACCAAGGAGGAGAAAGCGAAGAACGUUACCAUCGACGAGAAGGCAAAUCUCGCGAUGGAGGAGGGAGAGUCCAAAGGCAAGUGUGAGAUGCCUAACUUGCCCAAGCCUCUGACACUGGAGGAGAAGAAGUUUCUCCUAGCUGUGGAGCGAGGUGACUGCAAUACCACGCGAAAGAUGUUACAGAAGGCUCAUAGGCACUCUGAUUACAUGAACAUGAAUUGCGUAGACCCUCUUGGGCGAGGCGCUCUCCACAUGGCCAUCUCCAACGAGAACCUGGAGAUGGUGGAGAUGUUGGUGGUGAUGGGAGUGGAGACGAGGGAUGCUCUGCUCCACGCCAUCGACUCCGAGUUUGUGGAGGCUGUGGAAGUCCUGCUGGAGCACGAGGAGGUCAUCCACAAGGAUGGGGAGCCUUACUCUUGGGAGAAGGCUGACCGCAACACUUCCGCCUUCACGCCUGAGAUUACGCCCCUCAUCUUGGCCGCCCAUCGUGACAACUACGAGAUCUUGAAAAUCCUUCUGGAUCGUGGUGCUAUGCUGCCCAUGCCCCACGACAUUAGGUGCGGCUGCCCCGACUGCAUCAAGACCUCCUCCGAGGACUCCCUCCGCCACUCCCGCUCCCGCAUCAACGCCUACCGCGCCCUCGCCUCGCCCUCGCUCAUCGCCCUCUCGUCCACCGACCCGAUCCUCACCGCCUUCGAGCUCUCCUGGGAACUGAAGAACCUGGCCACCGAGCACGAGUUCAGGGCGGAGUACACGGAACUCCGCCGCAAGUGUAUGGGAUUCGCCGAGGAGCUGCUGAGCCACACUCGCUCCUCCACCGAGCUGGCUGUCAUCCUCAACCACGACCCGGAGUCUGUGGUUCCCUACGAGGACGGCGAGCACAUGAUGCUGCGUCGCCUCGAACUCGCCAUUGACUACAAGCAGAAGAAGUUCGUGGCUCACCCGAACAUCCAACAGCUGCUGGCCGCCCUCUGGUACGAAGGUCUCCCCGGGUUCAGGAGGAAGGCCGUCAUUGACAAGUGUCUGGAGAUUGUGAAGGUCGUCGCUCUGUUCCCCCUUUACUGUCUCCUCUACAUCCUCUCUCCGGACAGCCCAACCGGAACACUUAUCCGUACUCCGUUUAUGAAGUUCCUUAUCCACUCUGCCUCUUAUCUCUUCUUCUUGCUUAUGUUGAUCUUGGUGUCGGUCCGCUUCGAAAACCUGGUUAUCUGGCUCUUCGGAACUGAGAAUAUGAGACGAAACCUGGAGGAGGCGAUGCGGAAGCAGCGCGGAAACCUCCCGACGCCGACAGAAUGUCUUGUGGUGUUGUGGGUCUUCGGCUUUAUCUGGGAAGAAAUAAAGGAGAUCUACCGCCACGGUCUGAGGAAAUAUCUGCGGAACAUGUGGAACAUCCUUGACAUCAUGCGAGACAGCCUCUACAUCUGCACGCUGUUCCUGAGGAUUCUGGCUUACAUCCAGCAAUGGCAGGAGAUCGUCCGGAAUCCUAAUGUGGCGUACAUCCCCCGCGAGGAAUGGAACAGCUUCGACCCGCAGCUGAUCUCCGAGGGUCUCUUCGCCGCCGCCAACAUCCUCUCCGCCCUCAAGCUGGUCCACAUCUUCAGCAUCAACCCCUACCUCGGACCCCUGCAGAUCUCUCUCGGCCGAAUGGUUAUCGAUAUCGUCAAGUUCUUCUUCAUCUACACUCUGGUGCUCUUCGCCUUCGCCUGCGGUCUGACCCAGCUGCUGUGGUACUACAACGACCUGGAGAAGCAGAAGUGCUACUCCCUCCCCGGCGGCUUGGCUGACUGGAAGGCCAAUGGCGACGCUUGCAUGAAGUGGAGACGAUGGCACAACCUGUUCGAAGCCUCCCAGUCCCUCUUCUGGGCUGGCUUCGGCAUGGUCGGGCUGGACGACUUCGAACUGACCGGCAUCCGCGAGUACACACGAUUCUGGUCCAUGCUCAUGUUCGGUUCAUACUCAGUGAUCAAUAUCAUUGUGUUGCUCAACCUCCUCAUCGCUAUGAUGUCCAGUUCCUAUUCCUUCAUUGUUGAACACGCCGACACGGAAUGGAAAUUCGCCCGCACCAAGCUGUGGAUGUCCUAUUUCGAGAUGGGCAACACCCUGCCUCCUCCUUUCAACAUCUUCCCGACACCAAAGAGCUUCAUGAGGAUGUGUGGAAAGAACAGCCGCCAGGAGGAGCUCGUUCGCAGGAUGUCGUCGAGGACCCAAUCCCGCCGUCGCAAGGCCCGCGACUACCGCUACCUGUCCGUCAUGCGCGCUCUCCUGUGGCGCUACGUGUGCUCGCUCCAACGACGAAACGAAGAACGCCCCAUCAACGAGGAUGACAUUAGCGAGGUCAAGGGCGACAUCUCGUCCCUGCGGUUCGAACUGAUUGACCUCUUCGGAGCCAACGGAAUGGAUGUGUCCACUUGCGCUAAGAAGAGCAGGGCUGCCCUGGGUCGCAAGAUGCGCGUAUGGGAGCGACGGCUGAUGCGCGACUUCCACGUGUCUCCCGCCAUGGGCUCGGAGGAUCCUAACCGCGAGGUGAAGGAAGCGCCAGUCGAGGAGGGAGCCAACAGCCGCUUCAAACGCGUCGCCAAACUCGCCAUGGCCAACAAGCCCGCAGACCUGGCCAGCAUCGUUGAGGGAGCUGCUCGCGCGUCCCAGAUCGGCAUCGGCAACAUGGAGGGCCGCGAGAACCUGAAGGAAGCCAUAGAGAAGGCGCGACGCAGGAUGGAGGAGGGAACGCCCGACGGCUCCCCAGGCUCCUCCCGCGGAUGCUCGCCUUUCCCCGACCUGUACACCGGCCCUCAUCUCCUGGACGCCAUCAAGAGCUUGGACCUGAGCCCCCACCAUUCUCCCGCCGAGACCCCCAUGCCUCCUGCCGACAGCAAGGGAUGGCACCAACCCGCAAAGGAUGGCCAAGCCAAGGAUCUGACCAAGCUGACGGUGCCGGGCCGCCGCUCGCCCACCUGCCUCAAGCGGACGGAGGGCUCCAGCAACGAGAACGUGAGCCUCGACGUCCCCACCAACGUGUUCUCCAAGGACUCCAUCAAGAAGCUGAGCGGCAUGAAGAAGGCGGAGACGGAGAAGAAGGACGCCGCCCCUCCAAGCCCGCCGUGUCGGUGACGAGCGUGUCCGAGACGAAGCCGCCCGCGCCGGUCAAGAAGGAGGAGGCCAAGACGCAGAAGGAGAGCGCGGCGGCGCCCAGCCCGGGCAUGAUCAAGCCCAGCCAGAUUAAGGCCAGCGGAGUGCUGCCCACC